AUGACUGCUGCUGCUCCUCCUGCUGUGCCCGACGAGGAUGUUGCGAAGCUCACGCUGAAGGAGAUGAAUGGCGCUGCUCCUGCUGUUUCUGAGGUGAAGCCGGAGGAGGGCGGUGCGGAGGAAGAUGAGGAGGACGACGAGGGCGAGGAUGGCGCUGAGGAAGAUGCUGAGGCUACAGAGAAGAAGAAGAAGUCAAAGGGCAAGAAGAAGACGAAGGCCGUGCAGACGGAGCCGCCGACUGUGCCCGUCUCGCGGUUCUUCAAGAGCAAUGCGUACCCGGUUGGAGAGACGCACCCCUACUUGAACGACAAUGCCUACCGAACGACGUCGGAAGAGAUGCGGCACAAAGAGCGACUCCUGCUGGACGAACCCUCCGACUCUGCCUUCAACUACAACUCCAUUCGUCGAGCAGCCGAAGUGCACCGCCAAGUACGCAAGUACGCGCGGAACCACAUCAAGCCUGGGAUGACGAUGACUGAGAUUGCGGAAAUGAUCGAGAAUGGAACGAGGGCGUUGGUCGAGGAGAAUGGGAUGCAAGCGGGUAUUGGGUUCCCGACAGGGGUGAGCAGGAACGAAUGUGCGGCGCAUUACACGCCGAAUGCGGGAGACACGAUCGUCCUGCAAGCCGAGGACGUCCUCAAGGUCGACUUUGGCGUCCACGUCAACGGCCGCAUCGUCGACUCGGCAUUCACGUUGAACUGGGAGCCGACGUACGACCGGCUGUUGGAGGCGGUCAAGGAUGCGACCGAGACGGGCGUGCGGGAAGCGGGUAUUGAUGUGCGGAUGGGCGACAUCGGGCGGGCGAUUCAGGAGGUGAUGGAGUCGUACGAGGUCGAGGUCGACGGCGAGACGAAGCAGGUCAAGUCAAUCCGCAACCUCACCGGCCACUCGAUCGCGCCCUACAUCAUCCACGGCGGCAAGAGCGUCCCGAUCUGCGCACCACAAGGCGACGAUCGGGAAGAGAACGACGAGGCGGACCAGAAGAUGGAGGAGGGAGAGUACUUUGCGAUUGAGACGUUCGGCAGUACGGGGAAUGGCUACGUCGAGCACAAGGGUGCCUGCUCACAUUACGCCAGGAUUCCCGAAGCUCGUGCACCCUUAACUUUCGACUCGUCCAAGAAGCUCUUGAGCGUUAUUGAGCGACAAUUCGGUACGCUGCCUUGGUGCAAGCGCUACCUCGACCGGAUCGGCCAGAAGAACUACACUGUCGCGCUGAACGAGUUGGUGAAUAAGGGGAUCGUGCAGGACUACCCGCCCUUGGUAGACAUGGCGAAGGGAGGGUGCCAAACUGCGCAGUUCGAGCACACCAUCAUCCUGCGACCAACCUGCAAGGAGGUCGUGACCCGCGGCGACGACUACUGA